ACAUGAAGAUUCGCAUAAAAACAUCAUAACAUAACCUUCUAUCAACGUGUAGGCUGUUAACGUGCAGUGAGCAUUAUUCGUUUUCAGUUUUUCUACCACGUAUUUUUGUUGAUACAAAGUAAACAUUUACAAUUCUUUACAAAAUUUAUUGUGAAUUAAAAUGGAGGAGAUGGAUAUAGGGAACGAAGAAAAUAAUGAUAAGAGUUCACCUGAGGAAUCAGUGGACAACGAAAAGAACGAAUCAAUAGAGAAUAAAGAUGAACCCGAAGAAGACAUGGACAAUGAGGUUGAUGAUGAUCAGGAGUCUGAAGAGGACGAUGAAGAGGAUGCCGACGAAGCAGAGGUUAAAGCUUUGGAAACUUCUCUCGCUCAGAAUCCGUAUGAUUACACGAGUCAUGUAGCCCUUAUCAACAAAUUGCAAAAAAUGGGCGAAUUAGAACGAUUACGUACUGCUAGAAAAAAUAUGAGCUCCAAAUAUCCAUUGAGUUCUGAGCUUUGGCUAUCUUGGAUGCGCGACGAAAUUAAAUUAGCUACCAUACCAGAGCAAAAAGCUGAAGUAGUCAAACUAUGUGAAAGAGCAGUCAAAGAUUAUCUCUGUGUGGAUGUAUGGUUAGAAUAUUUGCAAUUUAGUAUUGGUAAUAUGGGUACUGAAAAAGAUGCAGCAAAGAAUAUUCGUCAGUUAUUUGAACGAGCAUUAACAGAUGUUGGGCUACAUACUAUUAAAGGUGCAAUAAUAUGGGAAGCGUUUCGUGAGUUCGAAGCUGUGUUAUAUGCAUUGAUUGAUCCUUCAAAUCAAACCGAAAGAAAAGAACAAUUGGAACGUAUUGGUAACCUAUUCAAAAGACAAUUAGCUUGUCCUCUUUUAGAUAUGGAAAAAACAUAUGAGGAAUAUGAAGCAUGGCGCUAUGGGGAUGGUGCAGAAGCUGUUAUUGAUGAUAAGAUUGUUAGUGGAGGAUAUGAGAGGGCGCUAUCAAAGCUUAAUCUGCGUUUACCAUAUGAGGAGAGAAUUGUUUCCGCCCAAACUGAAGAAGAACUUCUAGAUUCGUAUAAAAUGUAUUUGUCAUAUGAGCAGCAAAAUGGAGAUCCUGGACGAAUAACUGUUUUGUAUGAAAGAGCAAUUACUGAUCUCAGUUUAGAGAUGUCAAUUUGGCUUGAUUAUCUCAAGUAUCUAGAAGAAAAUAUCAAAAUUGAAUCUGUCUUGGAUCAAGUGUACCAAAGAGCUACAAGAAAUGUUCCAUGGUGUGCAAAGAUAUGGCAAAAAUGGAUAAAAUCAUAUGAAAAAUGGGACAAAUCAGUAUUAGAAGUUCAAACAUUGUUAGAAAAUGCUUUAACAACUGGAUUUUCUACUGCAGAAGAGUAUCGAAAUUUAUGGAUGACAUAUUUGGAAUAUUUGCGGCGAAGACUCGAUCGAUGCUCUUCUGAUGAAAAAAAGCAGUUAGAAGUAUUACGUAAUACUUUUAAUAGAGCGUGUGAACAUUUGGCUAAAUCAUUUGGUUUAGAUGGAGAUCCCAAUUGUAUUAUAUUACAAUAUUGGGCAAGAACUGAAGCCAUACAUGCUAAUAACAUGGAAAAGGCUAGGUCAUUAUGGGCCGACAUUUUAUCACAAGGACAUUCCACAACAGCAUCUUACUGGUUAGAGUAUAUUUCAUUAGAAAGAUGUUAUGGAGAUACAAAACAUUUAAGAAAAUUAUUUCAAAAAGCCUUGUCAUUGGUAAAAGAUUGGCCAGAAAGCAUAGCAAAUUCUUGGAUAGAUUUUGAACGAGACGAAGGUACACUAGAACAAAUGGAACUAUGUGAAAUACGAACAAAAGAAAAAUUAGAUAAAGUUGCUGAAGAAAGACAGAAAACACAACAAAUUUCUAAUCUUGAAUUAUCACCAUCACAAAACAAGAAAGCGUAUAAAAGAAAACAAAAAGAUACUGGUAAAUGGAAGAAUUUAGGAGCUUAUCCGAUAAAAAUUAUGAAAGUGGAAACACACUUAAAACCGAAAAUAAGAGAAAGUCAUCUGAAUUUCGAAAAGAAAGACGACGUUGACAUUGAAGAAGAAGAAAUUGCUGAUGUAACCAAAACGAAACUAAUGAAGAAAGUACUGAAGGAACCAAACAUUCCUCCACCACCUGGUUUUAAAGCACCAGAAAGUGAACAAAUGGAAAUAGAUUACGUACAUGAAGUGGAUGAUAAAAUCUCAGUUUUCAUAAGUAAUUUAGAUUAUAGUGCAAGUGAAGAAGAAGUCAGAAAUGCUUUAAAACCGGCUGGACCGAUUACAAUGGUUAAGAUGAUCAGAAGCUAUAAUGGACGUAGUAAAGGAUAUUGCUAUGUGCAACUCACUUCCAAGGAAGCAGUUGAUAAAGCUUUGGAGUUAGAUAGAGUUCCUAUAAGAGGACGGCCAAUGUUUGUUUCAAGAUGCGACCCAAACAAAACAACACGAGAAUCUGUUUUUAAAUAUAGUUGUUCUCUAGAAAAAAAUAAGCUUUUCGUUAAAGGACUCCCGGUAUCAACGACAAAAGAAGAUCUUGAAGAAAUUUUCAAGGUUCACGGGUCAUUGAAGGAAGUCCGUAUAGUCACUUACCGUAAUGGCCAUUCUAAAGGACUGGCUUACGUUGAAUUUGUGGACGAAAACAGUGCUGGAAAGGCACUUCUGGCCAUUGAUGGAAUGAAGAUCGGUGACAAAAUAAUUAGUGUAGCCAUAAGCCAACCGCCUGAACGCAAAAAGGAUCCCAUUAAGUCUCUAGGUGGUUCUACAGUAAGCAGAACUACAUUUGGUACGCCCAAAACAUUAUUAUCUAUGGUACCUCGUACUGUAAAAACUGCUGCUACUAAGGGCAGUGCAAUUGCAACUGGAAAUGGUGCCGUCCCAAAAAUGAGCAAUCAAGAUUUUAGGAAUAUGUUAUUGAAUAAAAAAUAAUUUACUACAACGUCACUCAUUUCCUCAAUCCUUGUCUGUUUCAAGAACUCUCUAUGCUUUAAAGAAUUGUAUACAUCACAAGAAUAUUACAAUUACACAUUAUUUAAACUACGAUCUAGUGGAAAAAGAUCUCUUGUGAAUUAUUCUUUCUUUAAUGCAUUAUUUAAGA